CAUGAUCUCGUCUGAAUCUUUAUGGAUCAUAUACCUACGCCCGAGCAUCCCUUCAGGAUUAUUCGCGUACCGUGGUUGAGUGAGAGUCCCACAUUCAACGUCAAGCACGAGUCGGGAGCGUUCCGGGACUUUCCAGCGCGACAUGGCCGGAAACUAGAAAGACUGCUGGAAGCCGACUUUGAGAACAAGGACAGUGCUGAGACGGCGGCUUUUCUGCAAGAAUGGCUCUUCUUUGGAUUACUAGCUUCCAUAUUUCAAGUCUGUGGGAACCCGUUCGACAAGGGAGAGUUCGUUCGAUAUACCUCGAAACUGGUCAGGAGGCAGAGGAAAAGGCCAUUCGUCACGACGAGACCACUCGGUCAAAGGUUGCAGCAAUGGUACGACAAGGAGAAAUAUCAGCCUGUGGCGGUGAAGAUGGACCACGAAGACAAGAUCAGGCACAAUUACACCAUCGUCGCUGAAGUGAUUGAGGCGUUCAACCAACAUCUAGAAGCUGCUCUUAACACUUCCGCAGCGACCACUUUGCGCAGUUGUCUUCCGGGCGAAGUCGAAUUAUCAAUUACCAUUCUGCUGGCCACAGUUCAGUACUUUCACAUGGUGAUUUAUGAUCCACCAAAGAAGUUGAAAGUGCCUCAAUGUCCAUGGCUUUCGUCACGGAUGGUCGAAGAGGGAUGGUGUACAGGCCAGGUCACGAAACUGUGGAGACGGCAUGACAAUGUGUUGACCAUGUACUAUUUCAAACUCCUCGGUCCUCCAAUGGCCAUCAAAGAUCAUUCGCUCUGUACGCAGAAGCGCUGCGCGGCCAACGACGUGCUGGAGGAUGUAUAUGUCACUCCGCAUUGUCCGCGAGAGAUGUCCUUCCUGCAUGCUCAGGUUCCCAGGAUGUUCACAAAGCGCAUGAGCUGCAGGUGUGGAGGUUUCAUCGGUCCAGAUAUCGACAAGCUCGAUGCCAUCAUUGAACGAGGAGAUAUUCCCUUGAUAUCAGCUCGAUGCGCAAGGAUUCUGCCCAACGGGAAGUGGGACGAGUCCUUAGACCUUCAAGUCGUCGCGUGCGAGCCAGACACUCCUUAUAUCGCGAUCUCACAUGUCUGGUCGGACGGCUUAGGAAACAUCAAAGAGAAUACUCUACCAAUUUGUCAGCUGAAAGGGCUCCGAACGAAACUGCAGCACAUGAUCACGGCGAACCCAGAGUACUUUGAAGAUUUCUUCCCUGAAGGUGUGUACAUGCGCGCAGCUAGACACCUCGACCGACUGUACUUCUGGAUGGAUACCCUUUGUGUGCCUGUCAGCAACCAUGAAACAAGGAAAAUGGCAAUCCAGGACAUGCGCGCAGUGUUCGAGACAGCGACCGCCGUCCUGGUAAAGGACGCUGAAUUGAAUUCCCAGGCCGACCGCUAUGCGCCUGUAGAAGAGCUUACAGCACGUGUCGCCGUGUCGCCUUGGUGCGGCAGACUGUGGACUUUGCAGGAAGCUGCUGUAAACGACAAGGUGUUUAUCCAGCUUUUGCAUGAUGACAUUGCUCCGCUUGACGAAUUGCAGGAGCCGACACGAUCGGUUGUCUUGCUUACAGAUGAGCUACUAGAAGCCGAAUCGUCAGAAACGCCUGACUCUGGUUUGAUGACCAGGUUCAUCGAGGACAAAGAGCCGCAGAAACAGAUAGACGUCGACGCCAAGUUCUUCGCCUGCCCAUCCACGAUUUUGUCGAUGAAUGUCCUCCCUCCGAGUCUGAUAUCGAAUCCGAUAGCGAGGCAGACGAAAGCAGAGUUGUUCCUUCAAAUACUUACUGAAGUCCAAAGCCGGGAAACUAGCAACUCUUCGGAUGAAGCCAUUUGUCUUGCGGCAUUGUUGAACGAAGAUGUGAGCCAGGUAUUGAAUGAGGACGAUGAGAGCAGGAGGUGGAUUGCGUUCUUGUUGGUCAUUGAGGAUGUUAUCUCACCGAAGAUACUGUUUGCCAACCUUGCCAGGAUGAAUGCAACAGGAUACCGAUGGGCGCCGCGGACGUUUUUGAAGUCUGUCGAAGGCUCCGAGCUGUCAAGAGUGGUUGACACUGCCGGACCUUGUCACGGAAUGCCCAGAAUGCAGAUGGGUGUAGACAGCGAUAGUGACUCGGCUUCGGAUCCCCCCAGAAGGAGAGCACCCUCAGUUCGCAUCGGCGACCUUGGCCUGGUGGUGUCAUAUCCUGGCUUCGCUUUUCACCCGCUCUUGAAAAGUUUACCACCAGAGUUCACCUUCAUGGAGGAGCAUGGCAAGACAAGAUAUCGGUGCAUAACGGAGUAUGCGCAUCAGCAGUUCCAAGCAUACUUCGGAGGUAGCCCACUCUUGCCGGAGGGUUCGUGGGAGAAAGUAGCGCCAGGGCCGAGUUCUCAGGUGUCGAUUGUCUUGGAGGAAGGGUUUUCAGAGGCUUGUGCUUUUGUUCGAGGAGCGCUGCUCACGGACUGCUGCAACAAGUUCGGCAUCAUGUACGGCACGUUCAUCUGCCUCGUCUUGGUGCUCCGAACUUCGAGACGGCACAGCUUGCCCAACGGUGAUCUGACGGAGAAGGGAGACAUGACAGGUCGGGGAGGGCACUCGGGAGGCGAGCUGGACAUGGACGUGGAUGUGAAAUAUGAUGCCGACCAAGAGUGGUGUGUUGGAUGAGUCUGAUUCUGUGUUGAAUGAAACAAGGGACAAGGGCUUGUCGAGAGUGCGCUCAGUGCUCGCUGUAUGAAUAUCAGGCAAGUCAGCAAGUCAGGCUUGUAGGCAGUGUCGGCCGCUUUAACCCUCGGGCCACCUACCGAGUCUGUCAUGUGGUCACGUGAAGGCUCAAAGUCUCCGCAGCCUCACAGCCAUUCCAUUCCGUUCUAUAUUUGUAAACCGCAAUAUGUAAAUGCCCACCACCAUGCC